UUUUAAGGGUACCAAAAAUCAUUUUUCGUCACGACCGAAAAUCCCUCUUAUUACCCAAGGAAACCUUCCUCGCGACAUAUUAUAACAAUCUCACAAGAUGCAAUUGAAAGAAGUCCAACGGCUUGAGCUGCCGCCCGCAGCAGAUAUGCACGUCCAUUUGCGACAGGGCGAGCUAAUGGAAUUGAUGGUGCCUACCGUGCGCCAGGGUGGUGUUGACACUGUAUUUGUCAUGCCUAAUCUUAUACCACCCCUUACUACUGUUGAACAGGUUCUAGAAUACCGAUCUAAGCUACAAGCGAUAGCUCCAGAUGUAAACUUUCUUAUGUCACUCUUCCUUCACCCCUCUGUAACACCCGAUGUCAUUGCCCAAGCCGCAGCAGCUGGUAUCACAGGUGUCAAGAUGUAUCCUCAAGGGGUAACUACCAACUCCGAAUCUGGCGUCUCGAAUCUUGAGUCCUUCUAUGCUACCUUCGCCGCCAUGGAGCAACAUGACAUGGUGCUAAAUCUUCAUGGAGAAGUCCUAGAGUCCCUUGCACCAGAAGGUACAACUCUGGAAGAAGCAUUUCUUCCGACCCUAAAGACGCUUCAUGAGCGUUUCCCAAAUCUACGCAUCGUACUCGAGCAUUGUACUACGGCAGCAGCUGUUGAAGCUGUGCGGGCUUGCGGGCCUACCGUGGGUGCUACAAUCACUGCCCACCACCUAUAUCUCACUUCCGAUGAAGCCCACUGCGACCCCUUUGCCUUCUGCAAACCUAUCCCGAAGAAACCUACAGAUAGGGACGCACUAGUCAAAACCGUUGUCAGCGGUGAUCCAAAUUUCUUCUUUGGAAGUGAUAGUGCCCCUCAUCCCCUUCAGUCUAAAACGUCUGCUGAGCAGGGCAAAGCGCCGGCUGGCGUGUACACUCAGCCUUACGUGACGCAGCUCGUCCUUCUUGCCCUCGAGGAGGCUAUUGACCGUGGUGUGAUUACGGAAGCAGAUGUCACACAGGAGAAAUUAGCCGGGUUCCUCAGUCAGUUUGGACGACGCUUUUAUAAACUUCCAGAAAGCUCGGGUAAGAAGAUCGUGCUUGAAAGAAAAGGAGAGAAGAUCCCAGCAAGUGUAUCGAGCAAGGAUGGGAGCAUCGAGGUCGGGAUAUCCAAGGCAGGAACUGAAGUAUUUAGUUUAAGUUGGGAAGAGGCGUGAUGACUGAGACCGGAGUUGGUACGGGGGGUUGACAAUGAGUUAGGAACUAAGAUAUAAAAAGGGGAAAAGGUAGUAAAAGUCGAUUCGUAUCUCUAGUAGAUGGUUAGGCCCGGCCCCUAAGAUGCCAUAUUCUACUAGCCACACGAAAAUAUAGCUAUACAGAGCUUGUGCAGGCAUGUCUAACAUGCAUCAAUAAGGCUUAUAGGUGUGUUAGGC